AUGACUAGUUUAGUCCAUUCAAAUUACAUUGCUGGGAAAUGUGAGAAAGGAGUUAACGUUUUGCGUGCGCUGUCUGGAGUUAGCUGGGGCGCGCACCCUUUCUCUCAGAAGCUUCUGUAUAAUGCUGUGAUCCGUAGCCACUUUGAUUAUGCGUCAUUUUUAUUGGAACCAUGUAAUAAGUCCGGCAAUCAAAUUUGGGACAAAAUCCAAUCUAAAUGCUUACGGAUUAUUCUGGGUGCUAUGAGAUCCACAGCAAUUAACGCCUUACAAAUAGAAUCCGGUGACCCCCCUCUUCAUUUUAGGAAACAGUACUUGUGUGAUAGAUUUAUUUGGAAACUUUUUCAAAAUUCUUCCCAUCCCCUCCUCGCUAGAUUACAAACUUUACACAGUUUAGUUGACAAUAAUUCAUCGUUCCCCCUCUUAAAAUCCUACUCAUUCAUUUUAGCAUUACCCUAUACUUUGUAUAAAUCCCCCUCCAAUCCUAUCUUUUGCUCUCCUUUUGAAUCCCUUCUUUUUCGCCCGAAUAUUGAAUUUUUUAAUAUUUUAAAACAAUCCCCCGACGCCAAUCAUAAAUUCAACAGCAUUUUAGCUGAGAAUUGGAGUGGAUGGACCCCAAUUUUCACUGAUGCUUCAAAAACAUCUGAUAGUGAAAACGUGGGUAUAGCUGUCUGGAUGCCAAAAUUUGCUAUCAUGCUGUGCCGUAAAUGCCCACCAGUUACUUCUACCUUUGUGGGCGAGGCUUUAGCUCUGUUAGAAGCGGUACUCUAUGUCCUUUCUCAUAAGCUGACUAAAUCGAUUAUUUUCACAGACUCCAAAAGUUGUUUACAGGCAUUGACUUCCAAUCAAUUUCGGUCAAAGGUGAAAUACCCUGUAAUUAUUAAAUUAAAAGAAGUCCUGUUAGAGUGUAAAGUAAAUGACAUAGAUGUUACCUUGGCUUGGAUUCCUGGACACAGUGGUAUCACAGAUAUCUGCGCUUGACUGAUACAUUUGAGCUUCUUAUAAAUCUAUGAAAUGUAAAACUAUCCACAACGUGACAUUGGCAAAAUUGUGGCAACGCAGCACUGCCAUUCAUAAAAUAAAAUUGAAUUGAAUUCAAA